GCGAGGCCGUGAGGCCCGAGGAGCCCUGCCCGCCGUGACGCGCGGACCAGCUUGGCGAUGCACGCACUUACCGGCUUCUCGCUGGCCAGCCUGCUAAGCUUUGGCUACUUGUCCUGGGACUUGACCAAGCCAAGCCUGGUGGCCAACGGACUCGGGGAUGCCGGCGAACAACCCUCGGCUGCUCCGCCCCAGCCUCCCCACAUCAUCUUCAUCCUCACCGACGACCAGGGCUAUCACGACGUGGGCUACCAUGGCUCAGAUAUCGAGACCCCUACGCUGGACCGGCUGGCGGCCGAGGGCGUCAAGCUAGAGAAUUAUUAUAUCCAGCCCAUCUGCACGCCUUCGCGGAGCCAACUCCUCACCGGCAGGUACCAGAUCCAUACAGGACUCCAGCACUCCAUCAUCCGCCCGCAGCAGCCCAACUGCCUGCCCCUGGAUCAAGUAACAUUGCCCCAGAAGCUGCAGGAGGCAGGUUACUCCACCCACAUGGUGGGCAAGUGGCACCUGGGCUUCUACCGGAAGGAGUGCCUGCCCACCCGCCGGGGCUUUGACACCUUCCUGGGCUCGCUCACAGGCAAUGUUGACUACUACACCUAUGACAACUGUGAUGGCCCGGGGGUGUGCGGCUUUGACCUGCACGAGGGCGAGAAUGUGGCCUGGGGGCUCAGUGGCCAGUACUCUACUAUGCUGUAUGCCCAGCGUGCCAGCCACAUCCUGGCCAGCCACAGCCCCCGGAGGCCCCUCUUCCUCUACAUAGCCUUCCAGGCGGUACACACACCCCUGCAGUCCCCGCGCGAGUACCUGUACCGCUACCGAACCAUGGGCAAUGUGGCCCGGCGGAAGUAUGCAGCCAUGGUGACCUGCAUGGAUGAGGCUGUGCGCAACAUCACCUGGGCCCUCAAGCGCUACGGCUUCUACAACAACAGCAUCAUCAUCUUCUCCAGCGAUAAUGGCGGCCAAACUUUCUCAGGGGGCAGCAACUGGCCGCUCAGAGGACGCAAGGGCACUUACUGGGAAGGUGGUGUGCGGGGCCUCGGCUUUGUCCACAGCCCCCUGCUCAAGCGAAAGCGAAGGACAAGCCGGGCACUGGUGCACAUCACUGACUGGUACCCGACCCUAGUGGGCCUGGGAGGUGGCACCACCUCAGCGGCUGAUGGGCUGGAUGGUUAUGACGUGUGGCCGGCCAUCAGCGAGGGCCGGGCCUCACCACGCACAGAGAUCCUGCACAACAUUGAUCCCCUCUACAACCAUGCCCGGCACGGCUCGCUGGAGGGCGGCUUUGGCAUCUGGAAUACGGCCGUGCAGGCCGCCAUCCGCGUGGGUGAGUGGAAGCUGCUGACGGGAGAUCCUGGCUACGGUGACUGGAUCCCACCGCAGACGCUGGCUGCCUUCCCUGGCAGUUGGUGGAACCUGGAGCGGAUGGCCAGCACCCGCCAGGCCGUGUGGCUCUUCAACAUCACUGCUGACCCCUAUGAGCGGGAGGACCUGGCUGGCCAGCGGCCUGACGUGGUCCGUGCCCUGUUGGCCCGCCUGGUGGACUAUAACCGCACGGCCAUCCCUGUGCGCUACCCGGCAGAGAAUCCUCGGGCCCACCCUGACUUUAAUGGGGGUGCUUGGGGGCCCUGGGCCACUGAGGAAGAGGGAGAAGAGGAGGAAGGCAGGGCUCGGGGCUUCUCCCGGGGUCGCCGCAAGAAAAAAUGCAAGAUUUGUAAGCUGCGAUCCUUUUUCCGCAAACUCAAUACCAGGCUGAUGUCCCAUCGGAUCUGAUUAGGGGAGCAGGCGUCUCUGUCCUCCUAGAUGUACUUCCCCACUUCAGC